CAGUCUGAACUCGGGUUCACUCAGUCCACAACCGUUUGCCACGAGACUUGAAUCUACUCUCCUCAAAAAUAAUAAUAAUAAAAAAAAAACUAAAAAACUCUAAUCCCUUAGAUAAAUAAAUAUUUUUCUUUAGUUACUUUUUUCAUUCAUUGAACAUAGGGAGUUAAUUGAGGAGGGUAAAUAGAGUUACUCAACGACAACGGCUAGUUUACACGUUUAACCAUAAAGAGAGAAAGAGAAACGGGUGGAGGGAAGAAGAGACUGCGGACGAGAGGGAAAGGCGUGAGGUGAAAGGCAGACGACCGGGCACGGGAGUAUCAGAAUUAAAGUAACUAGACAGCGGAGAGAGACUCGCAGGAUCAACAAUGGCAGCUUUUGUGGCGAAGCAGAUGGUGGGAAACAAGCUGAAUGCCGUUAAAGGGGCGGUAGGCGGCGAGGGUGGUGACGAUGACGACAAGGAGAAGGAGGAGGAGGCCGAGAGGGAGAGACAGGAGGCCAUCAGGGAGGCUGAGGAGAGACGAAAGGAGAAGCACCGCAAGAUGGAGGAGGAACGAGAAAAAGUACGACAGGAGAUCAGAGAUAAGUAUAAUAUAAAGAAGAGAGAGGAAGUGCAGGAGAUGCCUCAGGAGGAGCCCAAUCCCUUGAUGCGCAAGAAGAAAACCCCGGAGGAACUCGCCGCUGAGGCUGAGGCUGAGGAACAGGACGAAUUCACGAAACUCAAGAACACCCUCGAGACCCACGUAACGGAGAUUAGAACCCAAUUUGAAAGCAAAUGCAGCUUGCAAUGAGCCAUCCAGACGCGUCAAUUGCCAGUGACAGCUGAUUGUCACUGGUCCGGGAGCUUCCCGGGAAGCUGCCGAGGGAACACAGUACGAGUAUAGUCAGACAACACACUGGAAUAGUCAAUGCGCGGGAUAAGAAGAGGAGAAAAAACAACAUCAGCUGCAGAUGGAGGCGAAGGAAAAAAGAAAAAGGAGAACAAGUGGAAUGCAGUCAUCGUCCAAAUAGUCGAGUCACAGCACGAACGGAGCACUGCGCCCUCUGACGGAAGGGGGAAUAGCGGUGAGUUCACCGGAAGCGUUCGGGUGCUUUUCCAAAUAAAAAUAUCGACCAACGGAAUACUAAAGAGAAAGGAGGAAGAGGUGGGAAUCGAUUGUACGGAUUCGUGUCACGCAUUCUUCCAUAGACUUGAGGGCUCAUCCUUGGAAAUACCAGCGGGACCCGUAGCACGGGGAUGGCAAGGGGUGAAGAUCCAAGAAAAUGGAAGUUGACUCGAGAAACGACAUUUUUUUGAAAUCGGAGAAAGAACACCACUCAAGUCUGAUCGACCCGCCAAUAUCUUUAAAGUAGGUGCAUUAUUCGUGGAGAAAUUUUCUACCAAGCUCAGAACAUUUUCACAUCAAAGUUUCACGACAGCGGGUAACAGAGAGUGGAAUAGAAAAAAAACUAUAUAUCCGGGUAAAGGAGAAAAACGAAACAUGUAGAAAGAAUAGAAUUGAAGAGACAUGAAGAACCCUCAAGGACAUUUGCAAAUUACUAGUUCAAUCACUCGAUGAGAACGUCUAUCCAUUGAUGAAGCAUUCCAUUGUUCCAGGGUUGAAUGAAUGCUGCCUACUUUCUCUUUAUUCCUCCUGGUAUAUUACUCCAGCAUCUCUCCACCAUGGGCCACUCAUACUUUAAACAUUGUUCUAGAAUCUCCGAGGUGCCAAGUGAAUAAGUUUCAGGAAGUGGAGGGCCCCGAGAGUCUCACUGAAUCGGUAAAAUUCUCCCCCUCUUUUUGGCACUUCAUACCUAACUCAAAUGAAAAGGAAUGUGAUUUAAUUAAGUAAAAGCUUGUGAAAAGGGCCUGAAUCAACCAACAAUCGACAAAACACCCGGGACAAUGACUGUAUUUUUGUUCUUCAUCGAACAGCUUGAGGAAGUGAGAAGAGAUGACAACAGUUGAUAUAAUAAUAAAUUAAUAACAAAAAAACAACAAAAGAAGUAUAUAGUCCUUAAGUUUAUAGUGAAUUACGGAUAGAAAACUACCGAUAGCGGAGUUAUGUAGUUGUUGAACCGUGCGACGGCUGUUUGAAUAAUAACGAUUAAAAAAAAAUAAAUGAAAAAAAAUUAGCAUUAAUUAAAACAAAAACAAACAGGAAGAAUUAACCAAAAAAAAUGAGGAAUAACACGUAGUUAGAGACAUAGGGCCAGGGGGACGAGAGCCUUGUGUGUGUUGCGUGAGUGCUGUAUGUUUUUUGAGGAUGCAUUGACAUUAAAAAAUCAAUUAAAUUAUUUAUUUUGCGUGAUUAUCAAGUGCGAGUAUGUUUUUGAGAGAAUCGAGGAAUUCGGAACCGACAAUUCACGAUGAAAAAAAAUAUCCACGUGAACUGAACUUGAUCUCUGUCUCGUAUUUACAGUGAUAACUCCAAUAAUCAGAGGAGUGAAUGUUGCGUUGACAUUUGUUAAAGUUAUAAAAAAAAAUAGUUGGAUGUUGAAUUGCGCGACAUUUGAGUCCUCGUAAUUGGAAAUGAAAGAAUUGACAGAAGAAAUGAAAAAGGUAAAUUGGAGGCACCGAUCAACGUGCAAGUGAUGCAUGCCUUAUAUAUCUACAAUAUAAUACAUAACUAUAAUUAAAAGACAAAAAAAUUACAUGCGAUAUAAUGCGUCGAACGUUCUGCCUGCCAGAAAGAGAGUUUUCUUUGACGCUUGGAUGAGGAAUAUGAGGGAGACCGAACGAGAGCGAGAGAGAGAGAGAAAACAAUGAAAACAUUUUAAACUGAGUAAAAAUCUGAAAGAAAGUAAGAAUGAAUAGAGAGAUUGAGUGUAACGAUGCAAUGCGAAUAAGCAUUAAGUUUUAAAAAUAUGUCAUACCAUUUUUGUAUGAACGAUUGAGAAGUAAAAAAAAUGUAUUUUUUUAAUUUCAACGCUGUUUUGCAACGUUGUUCAAACUUUCGCGGAAUUAAAAGAAGAAAAAUACCAACCAAGAAGAUGAAAAAUCAUUGGUCCUUUUCGAUCCUAAUUUCACAAUGGGAUUUUUCAACCCCUCUUGACCACUUCGUAUUUCAGACCGUCUCAUUAUUUAUCCGCUAGACACUUUAUUUCACCCGUUCUGAGAGCGGCUCUCUCGCGUUUGGACGGACCACCAUCCUCGAAUUGUGUCCUUCUGUCGUUGGUAAAAUUUGACGAAAAACGAAUCCCUCUCCCUCCACCCCUCGUUUUGUCAUUGAAUUUUUUAUUUUUGUAAAACCAUCUCUGUGUGUCUCUCCAUGUUGACGAUAAAUCUCAAUGUUGCAUGUAUACGUGUAAAACUUAUAAAUGCUUGUCUGUCUAUGUCGCUCUGCUGGCUCGUGUCCUCUCUUGAUCGCCCACAGGUGCCUCCUGCCCCGAUGCAGAAAUUCCCUCAACCCCUCAGUCUCUUGUCAAUUUAUUUUUUUUUCACCCGCCUCAACGAGUCAUUUCCCCCGUGUGCACUCGCAAAUACGUGAACGAAGAAUGAAAGGGCAAAUCGUAUAUAUCCACAUAAACGUCUUCACACACAUCUAUAUAUUUUUUCAUCAUCCCCACCACCCACUUACAACGACACAAGAACAUAUAUUUUUUUAUGAUCGACAUUCACACAGAGUUAUAAAAAGAAUGUUCUCGGUAAGGUGAUGUUAACCAGGUGAAAUGACUCUUCAUUGAGUGAAUGUGUGUGUGAGGGGCACGGGGUACCGGACACAAAUGUCCUCUUUAUCUUUAUCCUCUCUUCCUCGGAUACUUAAAAAUUUUAUCUCAUGAAUUUUUCUACGGUAAAACGUGUCAAUUUUCACUCAAUAUCUCCCAUCCUACGUUGACAUUCCCGUCCUAUCUGUGAACUAAAUGAAUAUCUCUUCUCUCAACCUGACAGUGAAGUAUAACGAAAAAUUAUGAAAAUAUGAAAUCCUUCUGAUAAAUCCCGCGAAUCAAAUCCAAUGCGAUAUUACUCAAAGUCAAUUACUCAAUUAAACCAAAAGAAUACUAAAGCAGAGCAAAUAUUAUGAAGAAUUAUAACCCAAAGAUGUAUAUUUAAUUAGAGGAGCGAUCUCAAUGAUUUUUUUUUCUCAAUUAUAACGAAUAUGAAUCGAUCUACUGUAAUUUAUUCACAAUAUCGCAGAAUCCCCAGGUGAUUCUGCCACAUUUAUCUUUACUCUCCUUCUCCGAGAAAAUCCUCGCAAUGAAUAAACAGAGAAACAAAUAACGAAAAUAUACCGAAUGAAUAUUAUUCUUCGACAUUCAAAUAAACAUAUUCUUAGCAAAUCUUUUCCUCUCUUGUUGGCACCUUCGAUGUUUCUACGUGCAUGUGUGUAUCUAUUUCAAUCAUGUCGUUAAAUUCCAACGAGAAUUCGAUAAUAAAAGUAUUGAACAGCCGUUGGAAUUUAAUCAAGUGAGUCUAUAGCUAAGCGGUAGAGAUUAAUAUCGUCCAUGUCUACGUUGUGUGCAGCGCUGCAUACAUCCGUACUCAAAACUAUUAAAAAAACGAUUAAAAAAAAGGAACAAAAAACAAUAAAUACAGUUUGUGUCUACUUAAUCUUCGUCUUGCAUAGAACAAUACCGAAACCAAUGAGGAUUGCGAUGUUGCUAUUACGCUCAUUGUUAUAACGCUGGGUAAUGCCGUAUGUCGUUGUUGUUUCUCGAUAUUCAAUAAAGAUGAUAAUGGAUUGGUGGUGGCGGUGGGCGGAAUGUUAGCAUUAAUACUGGAAAUGUUACUGUCUAAUAAAUAUGCAAAAAUGAUGUGGGCAAUGUUUGCACCUUCGACUACGUGGAGAAAAAAAAAUUAUUAACGAAAAAUUGAAUCCAACGAUUUUCAUUUAAUUGAGAUAAAAAUUUUCAACGAAUGCACCGACAAUUUGGCGGGAAAAAAAUGUUUGCCACGAUUUAUAAAAUUCCUCCAAUGAUGAAAAGAUAAUAAUUUUUAAAGCUGUCAUAAAUUUUUUUUUCUCCAAGUGUAAUCAACUUUUAUAUCGCGCACGCUUUUAUCGGUCUCCCAGAAACUACCAUGAGAAAUUCACAUGAAUGCCACGAUUCGAGAAUCGAUAGCCCGUUCAAACGAUCGCCGCGGCUUAAUUCAAUUGGAAUUAAUUUAAUUUCAAUGAGUGGACAUAAAGAAAUCAAUUUCCUCGAAUCCAUUGAUGUUCCUUCUUUAAAAGUGGUUGUGCGACACCGUUGACCGCGUGAUUGUUGAUUAUAUGAUAAAUUUUUCUCCCCAACAUCAACGAGAAUUCCGUGAUUCAAUGGUUUCUCUACCCAUACCAUCUUUAUAUUUAACUUCUGUAAUACACCAAUUUACAGUCCCUCUUACUUGAUUAAAUAAAUAAAUAAUAUUAAAUACCAAAAAAAAACGCCACCCUAUGGCCUAAUCAGGCAAUGUGGCACGUGAUAUCAGAAAAAAAUUUUAAUAAACUAAAGAUAAAAUUAACUUACGCGUUAUUCGAUUCGUGUUUCGUAGGUUCACCGGAGAAUAAUUGAUGGGAAAAAAACGUCUAGGAUGAUAUGUUCAUAACUGUCACUCCUGUCAACUCAAAAAGGCACUCUUCGUUUAAAGUUUUCGCCCUUUGGAGUUGCGAAACGAGUGUUGCGACAAAUACCGAUUGAACUAAUAAAAGAAAACUACAAAUAAUUUGACAGAUGACAAACUUUUAGAACAAGAGACACUAAAAAAAAUAACUUAAUGUUUCAAAGUCGCCGAAAGAACUGAGAAAUUUUCUAUGUACAUAAAUCUUAAAAAAUGAAUUUUUCCAAAUUAACCGGAUGGAGAAUUACUGAGUGGAGCGUAUAAUGAUUAUGAAGCAAUUUUUGUUAGAUGAAAAAUAAAGUUAAUAAAUAAAUAAAAAUAAUCAAUAAACUGCUGAUAAAAAAACUACCAGACUUUUUAUCAUCAAUUUCAGAAUUUUGGCCCUAAAAAUUUCUCAAAAAAUUCUGAAAUCGACCAGAUAAAAUCGCAGCGGCAUAAGAAUAACGGUAUACCGAUAAUACCGCAAUAAAAAAACCAUGUAUGACUAUUCAGAGACAACGACACAACGCAUUAUAAAGUAAUAAUAAUCUUAAACCUUAUUGAGCAUUAUCUCCUACGUUUACGAGAUAACAAAACAAAAAAAAAAGUUAUUAUUACGUUGAUGAAUGAUUAUUAUUCGUACUAUAAAUAAACUAUAAUAAUGUAGCUGAGUGAGUUAGCUGAUAAGAUCAGAAUAAUAUGAAGUAAAAAAACAGCAGAAGAAACAAAAUAACAAUUAACGAAAACCGAUAAAAAUUAAACCAUGAAAUUUAGGCUUUAGCUUUGUACGUGAGAGUAUGACGUAGUGAAGCGAUGCGAAGAGUGAAAAUGGAGUGCAGAUUUGAUGAGAAUUCACAAUAACAAAAGUUUCAAAAAUAUUACUGAAUAGUUUCGAGUGCAACAUCUCAUCCUCGAGCGAACUUGUGCGAUUUUUAGGGCGUCCACAGCCAGAGAAACAUUUAAACAGCUCUCGAACUGGAAGAGAAUAAAUAAAGAAAACAUAACUGAAUGAGGUAUAAUACUGUUGAUACUUAUUUAUUACAACUGUGAGUCUGUUAUGAGAAAAAAAAAUGAAACCCCAGAGAAUGUUCAAUCAAUCCGCAGACGAUUCCCUCAGCCCCUGGGAGGUAUUGAAAAAUUCAUAAGAAUAUACGUUGUAUUAUUGCAUCUCUGGACGACCUCCUUCAAUAUCUGGCGGAUCCCAGCAUCAAGAUACAGAGAUUAGGUUCGUAAAAAGCCGGGAAUGAGAUAUGAUAACUGGAAUGAGAGAGAAAACAGAUUGUAAUAAAACUAAGAUGUGAGUCUCAAAAAAAUCGCACGGAACUUGCUCAGGAAUCUCCAGCAUCGAGAUGAAUAAAAAAAAUAAAUAAAUAAAUCAACAACCGUGAUAAAGAGACGAAUCUAAGUGGAUACAAAAACCCAAAAAAAAACGUAAAAUCGAUUUGGAAAAUUGAGAAAACCCUUGUAUAAAGUAGAGUGCUUAGCGGCUAAAAAACACAGGAACAAAAGCGAGUUUGUUGUUGAAUAUAAUAUUAUGUAAACCUUUAAAUGAGAAUACAAGAAGUGACGAUGAUGAUAAUAUUAUUGUUGUUAGAUAUAUAUAUAUAUAAAUAUACAUAUUAUAUAUAUAUAUUGAUAUAAAAAUGAAGUAAAUUAAAUUGUAAGAAAAAAAAUGACUACAAUACACUCUCCAACACUCAACUCCACACCCAUAUUAAACACCACAGUAAUCCCUCACGGUGAACACGGUUUUUUCGUAGAAGGUGUUAUCACCGGCUCUUAGAAGGGUUUAUUGUCCCCAUCCGGACAGGCCCCUCAAUUGUCACGGAGUCAAGACAAUGAUCUUCAUUACAAAAUGCAAACGAAGAAGUGAAAUAACAAAUAUCUCCAAUAACACAUGUGAAUGCAGAACAAUUGACUCGGGGUCUGGGUCGAAUCGUUAUAGUUCUUAUCACUAAUUCAUAGAAUUCCGAAGAAAAAAUUGGAAAAGCAUAAAUAAAGCCGAGAUUAAAGAAGUAUGCAUUUAUGUUAUUUAGUUCUAAAUCAUUGAAGGUCAGAAAAAAAAAAUAAAAAAUCAAUGAUGUUACCGA